UAAGCACCGAAUUAAAUAAGGGCCUACCUUUUUUAUACGGUCUUUACCCUCUUCCUUCUACCGUCCAAAAGCACCGAACAAUUUAGUCGGGCUUAUCUCGCUCUCUCCUUCCUCUCCAGACGGCGGUCUCCAGACGCUCUCUCUACGCACUCCUCUCUCAUCUGAAUCCCAGGGUUUGCUGUUAGGGUCCAAUUUGGGGUCGAGUUAGAAUUUUCACUACAGAAGCUCGCUCUCUCUCUCUCUCUCUCUCUCUCUCUCUCUCCCCCUGUCUCUCUCUCCCCCCUCACUCGCUCUCUCCUCGCCACUCGCCCCCAACUUGUCUUUAUCGUUACGCUGCUGCUUUUUUCCGGCUACCCAAAAACCGCAGCGCUCGCCCGGAACUAAACUUUAAUUUGUAAACUUUUAGUUGGGACAGCUUGUGGAAUUCUCGAACCUGAAUUAUGGCUCGUUUUGGUUCUUCUAGUUCCCGUUCACGUUGGGGUUCACGUUGGAGUUCACGUUCGAGUUCCAUUUCCACUGUACCCCUGUCCACUUACUCUGCUUUAUCUGGCAAAAGGAGUCCUAGUGCCUGUGACGAGGUUGCGGUGAGAUAUCCAAACGGAGGUUCUACGGUUUUUUAUCAUUCAAAUUUUCGUGCAAGUGCAAUUGGUCGUGGCAUUUCUGAUGAGCAAUGCCAGUGGUUGCUUCGGGCGGUUGUUGAGCUGAGCCUUUUUGGCGGGCCUGAUGACCCGGAGUUUAAGCUUUUCCGAGGUUGCCUGCGGAAAGAGUGUGGCAUUGAGGUGGAUGUUGAGAAUGGUUCGUCCAAGAAUGAUUCGACUUGCACUAGUUCGGCUCAGGAUUGAAUAAAGAUGAAGAAUGAAUGUGUGAUUUUGGACCUUGGUGCCGACUAGUUAGCUUUGUUUAUAAAAGUAGUAAAUCCACAUGCAAAAAGGAUUUACUAUAGGACCAAUUUGCUUUGGAUUAAAGUUAUGUUGGGAGCUAUCUAUGAACUUUACUCAUAUGAUCUGAUAUCAUAGUUAUUCCUCA